CUUAUCGAGUGUACGAAAUUAAUACUGUAAGCAUUAUUAUUUAAAAUAUCAGAGAUUAUUCUCUUCUGGUUCAAAGAGAUUAAAAACACUCGGCUUAGUAACUCAGUAUUGCAUUCGGCGUCGGUGGUUACCGAGAGAACACGUGUUUUCAAAAUCCAAGCGAAUUAAAUAUAAUUUCGAUCGAACUUGACCUGGGAAAUUUGUUACAAAAAUGGAUGAUACCGUUUAUAAUUUUAUGAAACUGCGCAAUAGACCUUAUAGUCUUAAUGAUAUCGUAUCGAAUCUGCAUAAUGAGCUUGGGAAAUCAGCUGUGCAAAAGUCGUUAGACAAAUUGGUGGAAAAAGGGAAGGUAUUCGUGAAGGCCUAUGGGAAACAAAAAAUAUAUUGCCCGGUUCAAGACACGACACAGUCUAUAGAAGAGUUGAUGAGAAUAGACAACGAGUUGCAGGCCCAUGCGAACGAGCUUGAAAAGCAGUGCCAACAAUUAGAAUUAGAGAUCAAGACGCAGGAGGGUUUAUUGGAAUCGAUGAAGUCCAGCAUCACGAUUGAUCAAGCUAGAGAACAAAAGCCUGCGCUCGAAAACCGUGUCCAAAUACUGAGCAACAAGCUAGAUAAUUUAAUGGACGCAAGUGACAACGAGGAUUUACACAAAAAGAAAGAGGACCUAGGAAACGCGUUGAAAAUGUAUUCACGCGAGUAUGCAAAACGGAAACGUUUAUGCACCGAUAUCUUAGACUGCAUAUUAGAUAAUUAUCCUGGUAGUAAAACCGAGGUGUUCGAAGAAAUAGGAAUAGAGUUCAGGAGCAUUAACAAGUAACAGCAGUAUUAUCGUUUAUCAGAUUUUUAGUUUAUCUCAUACUUUAUUCUUCGACGUACCUUAUAUCUGAUAUUUUAAGUACUAAAUAAUUAUUCUGAUAGUAAAACAGAGUUACUCCAAUAGGAAUAGAGUUCAAGAAUGUUAAGUAACAGCAGUAUUAUCGUUGAGAUUUUUAAUUUAUUUCAUUUUUAAUUCGUCGACGUGCCUUAUACUUUAAGUGUAGAAUUGUUCUGUCUUCCAAUGUGCCGAUUUAACAAGGCAAAAAUGUUAAUUAAUUUCAUAUUUAAUCAAAUUCAAUGUAUUAUACAUCAAGCAUAGAAUGACUCUGUCAUUAUUUUUUAUACUUGGAAGAGAAAUAAAUGAAUGAAUAUUGUAAUGCAAUUUAAUAAAUGCGUUUAAAAUCGUAAUUGAAUGAAAAAUAAUUUACGAGAAGAGACUUGGAUCGAAAUAGAUACACCGUUCAUUUCGGAAACAGCGCGUUUGAUAUCGGAUCGAGGUAGUAGGGAGAGUGUUAUACAAUUGACGUAUACGCUGUAACAGUUGAGCCCGGAAUUGUUAAAGUUAGUUGGGACAAGCGAAUAUUUUUAAUAUUAAAAUACAUUUCGAUGGAGGAAUAUUCAUCCGACGAGGGACCGGCGUCGAUUGCCUUUUCCCAGGCAAAGAUAGAAGCGAUGCAAUCGUUGAAACACGCGGCGGAUAGCGCGAAGUCGACCAAGGAUUUGAAGAAAAAGAAGCAGCAGGAACAUUUGCGGAAAAUGAAGACGCAAAGGGAAAUGAAAUUGAAGGUUAAGAAACUGCCGGACGAGGUGGUGAACCAGUUAUCGACCGUCCCGAGUAGAACCAGAAGAACAAUGCCCGAAGGCCAACCAAAGACGAAGAAGCUGUCGGCAGAAAAGCUUCCGAAAACGAAGAAAAGUAGGAAGCCCAGCGUGGAGGAUUUCAGCGUGCCCAAUACUGAGGGAUGCACCACGAGAUUUCAAGUUAUGGAUUUGAAGAAAUUGAAAGAGGAGAAACACCACGAAGAGCGAUUGUCCUCGUUCCGACAGAAAAUGUUAGCUAGGAACCCCAGACAGCCUGUCUCCUCUUAUUUAAUGUGCUUGAGAAAGAGAAAAGCCUCGGGCAAAGAGAAGUUCAAUUCAUAAUCGAACUUGAUUCGAGUUUUUCAUAAAUAUGUCUAUGCCAUCAAAUAUAUAAAAUGGAUUGUACAAGUAUCUUAAGGAACUUACUAGGCUUCGAACUGACCAAUUGAAUUCGCUUACUCGGCCGAGGAAAGGAAAAUAAAACGUUCUAUCAUAUAAUCA